CGAUUUGGAAACUGUGGGGUUAUUCUACGGCGAGGGGGAAGUAAACCUUUUCCAUGUGAAGAAGAUGAUGUUUUCUGUGGAAUGUUGCACUGUAGUGGUGUCAGCGAGAUUCCCGGUGGAGGUGAGCACACUACAUUUCGUAGUAUAUUAGUACGCGACAUAAAAGAAGAAAAAUGCUUUGGCUAUGAAGCACACCAGGGGACAGACUUGCCAGAAAUGGGGCUGGUAGUGGAUGGUGCAACCUGUGGCCCAGGGAGCUACUGUCUUAAACACAAUUGUACUUUUUAUCAAGACCUGCAUUUUGAGUGUGAUCUUAAAACAUGCAAUUACAAAGGAGUAUGUAACAACAAAAAACAUUGUCACUGUGUGUUUGGGUGGCAACCACCAACAUGUGAACUGAGAGGAACAGGAGGUAGUAUAGAUAGUGGCCCUCCACCUGACAAACAAUAUCAUAGUGCAAGCAGCAUACUUGUGAAAACAAACCGAGCACUACUUUUAAUAUUUACUCGUUACAUCCUUUUUCUGAUUUCGCUUCUCUUUGGUGGCUUUGCACAAGCAUUACAUUUUUAUGGAAGAGAAAGGGAAGGAGACAACACAAUGGAGUAA